CAGUGGCAAAGAGAACUCAGUCUGAGUGCUUGCUACAACAAGCAACUGUCUGCAACAAGCACACACACGCGCGCGCUGUUGGUUGAAGCGUUAUCCUGAGAUAACGGACCCACUUCCCGGCCAUUUAAUCACAUGUCCAGGACAAGAAGGGCCUUUAGCUCAUUCGUUGAUGUCCUUGGAUGGUCCGUGUGCGUGUGUGUGUGUGUGUGUGUGUGUUUAUGGGAAUGUACGUACCGAGUGGUACCGUCGUAGCUACGUCGUACGGUGCAAUGGAUUCUCUUAUGCGCGAUCCGGUCCCAGAAUCUCCCCGUGUCGGUCCCAGAAUUCGCCGCGGGGGGACUGUUAGUAUAGGGAUAGUAUGGAUUGCAAAAGGCUGUUAUUGUUCACGGACCCGUACCGAUGUAUGUGUGCGUAUGUAUGUAUGUGUGUGUGUGUGUGUGUGUGUGUGUGCAUGUAUGUUUGUGUAUCCCUAUAGUUACAUCUAGUUCCCCUAGUCAAAGUGGAAGCACCAAUAUAUGGUGUGAGCAUUAUUGUAGGAGCGCUAGUGAGCGUGGAUAGAAAAUGGCAAAUGGAAGGGAGUACAAUGGUCAAUUUAGCAAAAAAACAAAAAACAGAAAACAGAAACCCAAAACGAAAAGUAAAUCACCAAACACAUGUGGUACUGCACCCCCACCGCAGGCGUCUGUCGGUGGGGUUUUUUGGGGGUCACAUUUUUCACCAUUAAAAUGGAGAGAUCAACGCCAGAGAGUUGGAACUGAAAUACCAAGCAACGUGACCGGAACCAGGUGUUGAGAGGCAGGAGGUUCGUAUUCACCCGUAUGUGCAUGAAAUGUGUUUGUGUAAUAGUUCGUUGUUAGGAUAAUAGGACCGUUAGGAAGGGGGUUUUGUCAGCUAGUCAUUGGUCAAGCGAGAGCGAGAGUGAGGGUAGUGGUAGUCGUUGCCGCAUUUUUGGUCGGCCAGUCCGUCGCGGGUAGCCGGGUACCACGACCGGUGCCAGCGUUGUUUUCCCGACACGAGUCGAUUUUACCAACGCAAGUGAUAGGUUUAAAUGGUUCUUUCUAGUUGUAAUUAUAUCUAUAGUUAGCCGAUAGGAGAGCGCAUCGGUGUUAGUGCUGUAACCUACUGAAACCAAAGCAUAAACCGGAAUCAAAGAUAAACGAGUUAAGAAAGGAGGAGAAGGAAGAGGAGUGCAAGGAUUGCUCCAAAAAUAGAGCACCCGCCAAGUAAACUGUACUAGAUCGAACAAUGCAAAUCAAAUCGAUACUAUAGACGAUACUGAGGCCAUGACACCCGGGAGAAGUACCGUCUGAGACGCAUACUAUUAGGGAGUAUGAAUCCAUUGGUAGGAUUUGUACACCACAGGAGGCAGUGAAGUCGUGGAACAGCUCAUUCCCGGUUUAGUUUGUUGUUGUUGUUGUUGCUGUUGUUAGGCUUAGAAAGUGAAAAGCUGAACGAAAAACGCUGAAAAGCUAAAGAGAGGCAGUCUGAGAGAACGAGAGACAAGGAGAUAGAAUCGAAAAACACACAAAAGGCAAUGUUGCUACCGUCCUUUAGCUCUACUAACGCACUACCAGCGCUAUCGUGUUCCUUCCUUAUUUGCAUUUCUUACACUUCCCCCUUUUCCGGCAAAAUUGUACGAACGUAAAGAAGCAAUCGUUGGGCAUGGCCCGACCCGUUGCGCAAAUUCAUGGCGAACAAACGGUAUGUUCCCAGAGAGCACUGCGAUUAUCAUUCCAUUUCCGUGUUCCGUGCCACCGCAUUCAAGGCAUGCUUUUCCCUCGUUGGUUUUGACUGCAGACAGGCAAUCCUUAUUCGGUGAUAGGAUCCGUUGAGUGUACUCCUCCGGAUCCGGAGCUAGUGAGACGAUGUCCCUAGUUGCGAAUGGUGGUGGCCAAAGAGAAUAAUGCGGCUGAGAGCAGCACCGGGGAAUUUGCUUGAGAAUUUCUUCCGCGGCUUUCACCCAAGACUGGUUAGCAAUCUAACAAGCUGCAAUCUGUAAGCAACUAAACUCUUAAUAACUAUUACUAACUAUGGCGGUACUGUGGCUUAGGGGUGUGAUGGUGGGCGAGUGAAACACUCUACCACUCUGCCGAGAGCCGAGAGAAACCGCAAAAAAAAUUGUUGUGAUUACACGUUAGGCAAUGUGUCCCUGCUGAUUCGGUGUCUCAAAUGAUUCCACCUCGCGGUGACGGAACACGGAGAGGAGGCAUUAGAAAAUGUAAUCUGUAACUAAAAUACACCACCCCGAAAGGCGUUAUUACCACCGCUGUAGUCAGUGCGCUCGAUUAGUGGUUCUCUAUGUUCUCAAAGAACAGAAGGUGUGCACGGAAAUACGAAAAUCAAAUCAUACACUUUUCACGUUCCACUACCUGUUUAGCAGCAAAACUUGUGUCCUUGAUGGUAGAACAAUUUGUACGAUUCAUUUUCCAUUACUGCAACCGUGUUCGGAGCCCUUCCUCUAGAAACGGAAUCAAACGUUGUGUGCUGAAGAAUGGCAGGACCGAGUGGGUUCUGGGUUUUGUGCAUCCGUUGUAGCAUCCGAACGGGCAAGGAAAACAAAAGAUUCCAGUAAAUAUUCAACAAUGAGA